AUGGGGCCCUCCAUACUUCCGGCUCCCCACCCGUUAGGUGUAUCCGCAAUCGCCUCGGAACAGGGCACUGGUGUUGUCCUGACACAAGACGGUGUCCGUCUCCAGUAUAAUCAAAGUGGGCCCCUCGACGGCCAGAACCUUGUCUUCAUCCAUGGCUGGCGCCAGACAGCUGCGCAAUGGCAGAAACAAGUGGACUACUUCUCGAACGCUAGCUUCCGGGUUACCACAUACGACAUGCGUGGGCACGGGGAAUCUGAAAAGCCCACCUUCGGCUAUCGCGUCAGUCGCCUCGCCGCCGACCUCAACGAUCUCCUGCGGCAGCUCAAGCUCACCAACGUGACCCUCGUCGGACACUCCAUGGGCUGCUCCGUCGCAUGGGCGUGGUGGGACCAAUACCACCAUGACCACCGGUCCUCCCCCGUCAACGGCCUCGUCUUCGUCGACCAACCCGCAACUUUGGCGCGGAACCCCAACUGGACCGACGAGCAGGCAGCCGAGGUGUCAGCCCUCUUCUUACCGAACCAGGUGUACGACCUGGCCAAUGACAUGGCGGGCCAGCUGGUGGGCCUGCUGCGAAGCAUGUUCACCGACACCAUCCCCGACGCCGAGUUCGACUGGAUCCUGUCGCAAAACCGGAAGAUAAGCGACGCCAACGCGGCUGCUCUCCUCAUCGACCACAGCUUCCGGGACUGGCGGGACGUGUUCCCACGCAUCGACGUGCCCACCUUGGUCCUCGCGGGAGAUCUCAGCAUCGCACCCCCACGAGGUGUCGAGUGGAUUGCAUCGCAGAUACCGAGCGCUGAGCACUACACGUUCUCCUCCGAAGAGAAAGGGAGCCAUUUUGCGUUCUGGGAGAAUCCGGAUCGGUUUAACGCUGUUGUUAAGGACUUUCUGAAGCGACGUGCGUCGGCUGUGGAGGUUCCUGGACUGUGA